GCGGUCGCCUCAGUCGCUGAUCUGUGGUCAAGUUACGCGCAACAUAUCCACGCAUAAUGUUGCCAAGGAGUCAAGCUUUGGGUGUGGUCUGUCUUCUGCUGGCCGUACUGCUGGGGCCACACACCACAACAGCUCAAGAUGAUGUUGUUACGGACUGCAGUUUGAGCACUAGUAUGGCCCUGGAAUUGGAUAAGUUUGCUGGCAUUUGGUGGGAGGUUGCACGUCUGCCAUCCACUACUUAUUUCUGCACCGAAGUGAAUUUCACAGUGUUGGAUCAGCCCAAUGACAAUGUCCUGAUUGACACAACCUAUGGCGUCUCCCCGGACUAUCCGUGGGUCAAUCAGACCAUGAACGCCACCCUCACAGUGCAAAAUAUGACAGAGGCCCCGGAUGGCUACAAUUUUACGUACUGGAAUCCACCCAACUACUCCCCGUACACCGUGUUCAAGGUGCUCUUUACCGACUACACGGACUUUGCCUUUAUCUGUGGCUAUACCAAUGCCACGGAUAAUUCGACUUCGUUUGGCGUGGUUCUCACCAGGGAUCGCACACCCUCAGCCGAUACCCUGAACCAACUGGAGGGCAAUGCCUCGGCUAAGUAUCCCUUUAACUUCUUGAACGGCACCAUGUCCGCGAUCACUCAGGGUCCAACUUGCUAUGCCCCCAGCAGUGGCAAUCCCCUGACGAUGAUCUCCGUUUUCUUGUUGGCUGUGACUGGACUUUUGUGGCUGGUGGAUGCUCGUCAUUGAAUGUUUUAAAAACUUUUGUUUUUUUCAGUAAAAUUAUUAACCAACACUGAUUGAAGCGUUGUUCAACACUUGACAGGCAAUAAAAAGCAACAGAGCGUUCAACACUGA